AUGGAUGAUGAAAAGGGGACCACGAAAAAGAAGAAGGGAUUCUUUAGCGGUAUUUUGCGCACAAAAAGCCUGGCGUCACGGGGGCUGAAGGCAUUUCGGGAUCGGGGCGGUUCGCCCUCGAACGGCGAUAAGCUGAAGCAGGAUAAGACGACGACGACGACGACGACGAGACAGGCACCGCCUGACCAAGCGCCAGCGAAGGUAAGAAAUGUACAAAGAAGAGAGUACGGUAAUGGGGUUGAGAUGCAGCGCAGGGUCAAUGGCAAUGAGGCGCCGCGACGGCCCAAGAUUGAUGCCGGGCAGCGAAAUGGAGGUGACGCGCCACGACGGGUCAUAAUCGACGACACACCCCGGAACGGAGAAGAACAUUCAUCGCGGAAAGUGAACGGGAACAGUAGCAUACCGCGCAAGAACACCCGGACGAGUAAACAUACGGCCGCGCCGUUGGCAGAUGACCCAAUGCCAUCUUCGAGAAGACGGCCUCGACGACCGAAACCUGAACCAGAAGGUGAUGACGGACAUGCUGAUCCAAAGGACAGACAGAGCAGGAAGACUUUUGGGGAGGAUAGAGUUGAAACGCCUCCGCCGCCGACAUUAACAGAAUGGCCUCCCCCGGGACUGUCCAACGGUGACGAAUUAACGCCUCAGCAUGCUAUGGAGCUUGUUACCCGGGGGGCACCGUUACAUAAAGGACACAGAAGGGCCAUCCCACAUGCACCGGACUAUUAUUACGCUCUGUACUCGACAACUUCGAGUAGUCGAUCCGACGACACUGAUGCCAUGAGCCUCCACGACUCCAUGACACCACUCAUGACGCUUCGUCUCCAAGGUCCAGGACGACCGGCCACGCCCUGGGAGUCCCUAGAGCAACCCAGCUGCGCAUUCCUUUAUGGUCAACGACCUGGAACUAUAACCCUAAACCAUUGGGUGUCAAUAUCCUCUUCGCUCCCGCCGACCAUUGCCCUCCGAGACUCAGGCGUCCUCCCCCGCAACAUGGGCCUAUCUCACAUCCUAGAGCGUCUAAAGGAGCUUCAGGCGGGACUGGAAGACGACGAUGAAGGCCUACUUUAUAGGAUACUGUACAAAAGAAUCCUCCGUGACCCGGAACGCAUUCUAAACCCCCACAAAACACUUGACAAACAAAUCACGGAUUUAUUGCUCGUCCUGUCACGGCCCGACUGGAUUGAUUUCACGGAGCCCAAGAACCAGGUCGUUACGCGAUUCAUAUUCAACCCCGAGGAAAUCAACCCGGACGUAUAUCGCAAGUUUUUCCAUCAGCUGCUUCUGAGCCUCGAGCUGGAGUUGAGAAUACAUUCGAGAAGCCAUGGAGAAUGGGCAAGGGAGAGGCUGUUGGGCCAGAUUCCGCCAACUAUACGGUGGAAUUUGGCGCUGGCGAGGAGGUGGAGGGAACAUGUGAGGGUGGAUGGAUUUGGGUCAAUGCCUGAGCAGACAAAUCUGCGGUACAAGUUAAAGAAGCGGCAGGUCAAGGUUCUCAAACGGUUUGCGCAGGCAAUGAAGUGGCCGAAUUUGGAUCCUACCAUGGAGAAUCUGAGAGUUCAUGACGAAGAGUUUCGACUUGAUUCGAUUAGUUCGGAUGCGUUUGCGUUCUUUAGCGGUCUUGUACUGCCAGGGCCUACAUUCCCAUUUCUCAUUAUGAACACCCUCAUUGACCUCGACCCCGACUCCGGCACCGACGAGCUUGCUCUCCUCUCUCAUAUCAACCCCCAAUGCGGCUUCCAGUAUUGUAAUAGUCAUACGUACUGGUCGGCAAGCUGCAUUGUCGGCAAAGUCAUCGCCCCGACAUGCUGUUGCGUAGCUGGCUGGGUCGGCCCAGGACGCCCAACCUUGGACCUCGGUCGGUCCCAGAUCGCACGCAUUCGCACGCGGCGGCCCAAACAAAUGGAUCGCCGCAUAGGCCCCGAAGACGUUGAGAGCAUGAAGGAGAGAUCCGACCCUCUGGGCCCCGCGGCUCAGUCCUACCCGGUGGACGAAUACACCCUCGUCGUCCCCGACGAGGACUCCUUCGCCGUCGACACGGUCCGUAUCGAACUCCUGGGCUUCAAGCCUGUCGUCGCAAUGGAAGAAGACACAAUUGCCAACCCCGGCCCGCGGGUCUUCGAUGCCACGGUGCAAUUUGCCAUAGACGGCAUGUCCUGGCCGCUGAGACUCAUGUACGACGUCUCCUUUGUAACCGCCUGGCCGUGCUCGCUGCCUCCACACCCGCUGUUCUUUGACUACGUCUACCGCGUCGUCAAGGCGGAUGAGGUGGUGCGCGUCCGGGACUGGGGAGGGUUGUAUUACAAAAGUCUGAGGAGUGGCUCCGCUAGCGCGCGGUCCAGCCCUGCGCCGCCGUUCUACAACAUGGGAUACGAUGACGAGUUCGACUUCAUUGACGACGAUGGGGACGACGAGAAAGUGCUCGUGGUGGAGGCAUAUGGCGUGGCGGAUAAUGAGGUUCUGGCUAGAGCUUGGUGCUCACACUGGGGACUGAGUGCAGUGGUGGCUGAUAUACGAAAGACGUGGUGA